AGCCAGGUGUCCCCGCCCCCCAGCCGUCUAAACCAGCUGCCCGGUCGCAGUCCGGCGAUGGCCCUGCUACUCCGGGCUGUAACUUGGGGGCUGUUGCCCUGGAGGAGCCACUGCUCCAGUGCACCCCAGCGUGGACUCAGCAAGGGCUUUGUGGAGGCUCUGGAGGCAGUUGUGGGGAGCCCCCAUGUGUCCACUGCUGCUGCAGUGCGAGAGCACCACGGGCGCGAUGAGUCGAUGUACAGGUGCCAUCCUCCUGAUGCCGUGGUGUGGCCCCAGAAUGUGGACCAGGUCAGCCGCCUGGCAGCCCUGUGCUACAGCCAGGGUGUGGCUAUCAUCCCAUUUGGCACCGGCACCGGCCUGGAGGGGGGAGUCUGCGCCCUGCAGGGCGGUGUAUGUGUUAACCUGACCCACAUGGACCGGAUCAGGGAGCUGAAUCCAGAAGACUUCUCUGUGGUGGUGGAACCCGGUGUCACCCGUAAAGCUCUCAACACCCACCUGCGUGACUGUGGCCUCUGGUUUCCCGUGGACCCGGGUGCAGAUGCUUCUCUCUGUGGCAUGGCGGCCACUGGAGCCUCAGGCACCAACGCGGUGCGCUACGGCACCAUGCGUGACAACGUGAUCAACCUGGAGGUGGUGCUGCCUGAUGGGCGGCUGCUUCACACUGCGGGCCAGGGUCGUCAUUUCAAGAAGACUGCAGCUGGCUACAACCUCACAGGGCUGUUUGUGGGCUCCGAGGGGACACUGGGUCUCAUCACGUCCGCCACUCUGCGCCUGCACCCAACUCCUGAAGCCACCGUGGCUGCCACCUGUGCAUUCCCCAGUGUCCAGGCUGCGGUGGACAGCACUGUACAGAUGCUCCAGGCUGCGGUGCCUGUGGCCCGCAUUGAGUUCCUGGAUGAGGUCAUGAUGGACGCCUGCAACAGGUACAGCAAGCUGAACUGUUCUGUGGCACCCACCCUCUUCCUCGAGUUCCAUGGCUCCGAGCAGGCCCUGGCAGAGCAGCUGCAGCGGGCAGAGGUGAUCACCCAGCACAACAGAGCCUCCCACUUCUCCUGGGCUAAGGAAGCAGAGGAGCGCAGCCGGCUUUGGACCGCACGGCACAACGCUUGGUACGCGUUCCUGGCCCUGGCUCCAGGGUUCAAGGGCUAUUCCACCGACGUGUGUGUGCCCAUCUCGAAGCUGCCGGAGAUCCUGGUGCACACCAAAGAGAAGCUGAAGGCCUCGGGACUCACAGGAGCCAUUGUUGGACAUGUAGGUGAUGGCAACUUCCACUGCCUCCUGCUGGUGAACCCAGAUGAUGCUGAGGAGCUCCAGAGAGUCAAGACCUUUGCAGAAGAGCUGGGCAGGAGGGCACUUGCACUCCGUGGGACGUGCACCGGGGAACAUGGCAUUGGAAUGGGCAAGCGGCAGCUGCUACAGGAGGAGGUAGGCCCCGUGGGCUUGGAGACCAUGCAGCAGCUUAAGGUCAUGCUGGACCCCCGAGGCCUCAUGAACCCAGGCAAGGUGCUGUGAGGAACUCCAAGUAUUUGACCUGCAAGCGCCCAGAAGACACAGACUCUUCUGGAAACACUGGCCCUACAAGGAUGGACAGUGGCUGAUGCUGUCUCUGCCAGCCCUCUGUCGCUGGGACUUGAGCCAGAAGACAGAGAGAGAAGCUGGGCUCCUUGCUGCCCCUUUUGCUGCCCUCAGGAACCUUUGGUCCAGUAAAGGAAGCUGCUUUCUCUGGCUCUACACAUCUGUCCGGGCUGCGAGAGCUGGUGUGGGUCACCGCAUGGCUGAGAGCUCAUGCCUUCCUCAGGCCUCCCCACUGCAGGGGCCCAGGACCCUUUGCCCACAUCUGGUGACAGGAACACUCCUUUCCUAGGACAGGAAGGGCCCUCUCACUCCAGGGCGCUAGGUCUUUUCUUUAGGGUGGCCCAAGUGAAUCUGAAAUCCAUUUCAGCUGUCUGGAGAUCGGCAGGCAUCUCCUCCCCGAGUGCCAACUUCUCUCCUUCAGAUUCCCUGUCUUGGGGCCAGUGACCCAUUUGUUUUGGGUGUGUCCUGACUUAGAGUGGCCUGGGGAGGGGAUGGUGCCCAGGGUUUGGAAGGAAGCUAGGUCCCUGUCCCAAUUACUGUGCUUUUAACAACCUUAGGCAGAGGUCCCGCCCAUGGUGGUGGUCACUUAUGAUAGCCUCACCAGGCCUGAAUUGGGUUUUAGAGCAUCCUAAACACAUUCUUCAAGCAGUGCUACCAACUAUGAGAAAUGGAAGAUUAUCCUCCUUGUCCCACAUCUUUCUGUGGCUCAAGAUAUUGUCCUAGCAGCUUUUGGUCUCAAAGGCUGGGUCAGCCCAGCAUACAGCCUGACAUGUUGUGGGAUCCCUGGCCAGAGCCAUAAUCUGGGGUACUUGGUAGUUAAACCCCUAGGCCCACAAGAGGGCGCCUGACACCAGAAAGCUCAGACACUACUGCGUCUACUAGGGGCAGCUGUGGCCCAGCACUCCUCUCUCCAAGGCCUGUAGUUCUCAGCUCUGAGCCACCCACCUCCCGGGCUUAGAGAGAGGCUUGGUGGCCAGUCCAGCCCCUACCCACUGCAGAUCCCAGGAGCCUGCAGUCCUGUCCAUGUCCCCCAUCCCGAGGGCCUUUGAUCCUGUUAGUGAAGGAGACGGGGUGAAGGAUGCAGAGGAGCUCGCGCAGAGGUGAACAGCACCCUCCAGCUCACCUCAUGCCCUCCCCAAAGCCCUGUUGGGCCCUUAACACCCCUUGCAUAAAGCCCUGGGCACAGGCUGCCACCCUGGGACUUCAUCAGUCCAAUCUUGGUUCUUGGAAUUCCUCUGUGCUCACACUGGGCUCUAGCAGACAGAGAUGGAUGUGGGCUUGAGGACAGUCUUCUGUGACAUUCCUGUGUGCCAAGGAUGGUUUGGUGGCGAGUUGCAUCAGCCCCUCUCCCCACAGCACCCCCAGCAUGCUUACCAGGAAACAGCUCUCCAGCCCCGCCCCUUUAGACCCCUGCCCUGGGGUGGACUCUGCAGUGGCCACCUCUACCUUGGCAGGGCUUUUCUCUGAUGUGAACUCCAGGGCUUAGCAGCUAGUGGGCACUUGCAAAUGGCCAUGUACCCAGGUUCUUUUAUUAAGAAAAAUUCCAAACAUACAGAAAAGUUGGAACGAAGUAUACCACCAUUCACGGAAACACCAGCCAUAAAGAUUUGACGAUAGACACUUA